AAUACAUUCGGCAUUCAGUUUCAAACGCUAUUUUGGUGGUGUAUGCUGAUUAAAUAAUUUAUUGUGUGAUUACAGAACUUUACUAUAUGAUUUAAAUUACUACUUUCAGCUUGGGGCCUUACAAUUACAAUUGAAGUUGUCGUUUUUUGUAGGUUACCCCUUGUAUUCCACAGAGAUGCACCCUGCCUUUGCCGGAGCACCGCUUGUGGUAUGAACAGUUACACGCCUGUUGGAAACGCGGCAGACUAAGGAGUCGAAAUAAGAAGUAUAAGGAUUAACCUCACGACUGUUGAUUGUUUACGACUUUUUUCUCAAAAAUGUGGACAUGGUAAAUAUGUCGCAACGUGGAUUAUACUUUUGGGAAUUGCAGUAAACACGGACAUUUUUCAGGAUUAGCUCUCUAAAGCCAGAAUGAAGAUGUGAGAAGGUUGAAGUUGAAGAAUCCGAGAAAAGGGUGAUCGAAGUGGGGCAUGGGGGAUGGGGGAGUGGCCACUGGAGGAGGGGCCAAUGUGAACCAAUCCCACGUCUUGUUUGACCGCUUCAGCCAGGCGUCCACGUGUAAGGGCACGUUGAAAGCCUUCCAGGAGUUGUGUGACUUUCUGGACCUCCGGCCUACUGACUGCCGCAUCUUCUACCACAAGCUCAAGUCCCGGCUCAACUACUGGAAGGCCAAGGCCCUGUGGGCCAAGCUAGACAAGAGGGCAUGCCACAAGGAUUACAAGAAAGGGCGCGCAUGUGCCAACUCCAAGUGUCUGAUCAUCGGGGCAGGGCCAUGCGGGCUGCGGAUGGCGAUCGAGCUAGCCUUCCUGGGGGCCAAGGUGGUGCUGGUGGAGAAACGCGACGCCUUCUCCCGAAACAACGUGCUCCACCUCUGGCCCUUCACCAUCCAGGACCUGCGCGGCCUCGGAGCCAAGAAGUUCUACGGAAAGUUCUGCGCUGGCGCCAUCGACCACAUCAGUAUUCGGCAGUUGCAGUUGAUCCUGUUAAAGGUGGCUCUGCUCUUGGGCAUCGAGAUCCACGUUAAUGUGGAGUUCAAGAGGCUGAUAGAGCCACCUGAGGACCAGGAGAAUGAGAGGAUUGGGUGGCGGGCAGAGUUUCUUCCCCAGACACAUCCGGUCAAUGAGUUUGAGUUUGAUGUCAUUGUUGGAGCUGAUGGCCGGAGGAACACGCUGCCAGGAUUCCGCAGGAAGGAGUUCCGGGGCAAACUGGCCAUUGCUAUCACUGCCAACUUCAUCAACCGCCACACCACAGCCGAGGCCAAGGUGGAGGAGAUCAGUGGCGUGGCCUUCAUCUUCAACCAGAAGUUCUUCCAGGGCCUGCGGGAAGCCACAGGAGUCGACCUGGAGAACAUUGUGUACUACAAGGACGACACACACUACUUUGUGAUGACAGCGAAGAAGCAGAGCCUUCUAGAGAAGGGGGUCAUCUUGAAUGACUACGGGGACACCGAGCUCUUACUGUCACGGGGAAAUGUGGACCAGGCAGCCCUGCUCGCUUAUGCCCGCGAGGCGGCGGACUUCUCCACCAACCACCAGCUGCCGUCUCUGGACUUCGCCAUUAACCACUACGGCCAACCGGACGUGGCCAUGUUUGACUUCACCUGCAUGUACGCCUCUGAGAACGCCGCCCUGGUGCGCCAACACAACGGGCACCAGCUACUGCUCACCCUGGUGGGGGACAGCCUGCUGGAGCCGUUUUGGCCCAUGGGCACAGGGAUCGCGCGAGGGUUUCUGGCAGCGAUGGAUUCAGCCUGGAUGGUUCGGAGUUGGGCGCAGGGGAGGGGUCCGCUGGAUGUCCUCUCUGAGAGAGAGAGCAUUUACCGUCUGCUGCCUCAGACCACUCCGGAGAACAUCAGCAAGAACGUCAACGUGUACAGCCUGGACCCCACCACCCGCUACCCCAACAUCAACCUCAGCCUCCUCCGGCGCAAUCAGGUGCGCCACCUCAUAGAUACCGGGGAGUCUGGGGAUUUGCACGUUGACGUAGAAAAUGCGGUCAACUCUACAGCAACCAAACUGACGCGACGUGAAUCCAUUGUUCGCGCCAGCAAGCUGCUGAGCUGGUGCCAAAAGCAAACUGAGGGCUACCGGCAUGCGGCUGUCACCGACCUCACCACCUCCUGGAAGAGUGGUCUCGCUCUGUGUGCUGUCAUCCACCGCUUUCGCCCUGACCUCAUAGACUUUGAUUCGCUGGAGGAGCGAGACGUGGAGAAGAAUAAUCAGUUGGGUUUCGACGUGGCGGAGCGAGAGCUGGGCAUCUCGCCCAUUAUGACGGGAAAGGAGAUGUCAUCCGUUGCUGCUCCUGACAAGCUGUCCAUGGUCAUGUACCUCACACAGUUCUACGAAAUGUUCAAGGAUAUGGUGCCACCUAGUGAUAAUCGAAAACUAAAUCCUGAGGAUAAGGCGGCCUUCAUCGGCAGCACCAAGUCACCCAUCUCCUUCCUGAGCAAGCUUGGGCAAUCCCUCUCCCGCAAGCGCAACCCAAAGGACCAGAAGGAGAAGGAUACCGAUGGUGUGAGGAAGAGGAGGAAGACCCAGUCAGGCCAGUCUCAAGAUGAGGAAGCUCCACGACAGGGCCAUGAUGCCAAGCUGCCUCUGGUCUCCGCCCUGACAGAGCGGAGAGUGGACGAGUCAGCCGACGCUAAUCAAAAGGUCAAAUCCAUGGCCAAUCAACUGCGGGCCAAGUUUGAGGAAAACUCCCCUGCUCAGAACUCUGGACUCAAGCGACAGAACUCGCUGCGUAAGGAGUUCCCUCAGAACCUCGGGGGCAGCGACGUGUGCUUCUUCUGCCAGCGCCGCGUGUACGUGAUGGAGCGCCUCAGCGCGGAGGGGAAGUUCUUCCACCGCAGCUGCUUCCAGUGCGACUACUGCGGCACCACCCUGCGGCUCUCCUCGUACGCCUUCGACGUGCAGGAAGGGAAGUUUUACUGCACGCCUCACUACUGCUACCGACAGUCCGGCCACGCCCAGCGGAAGAGGCCCGCCCCCACUGUGGCUCCACCCACUGCUAAGGAGAAGCAGGUGCCCAAGCCGGGCCCUGUUUUGGUGGAUGCUCCAGGACAGGUGAUGGUGGGACUGCCUCCAGGGGAGCGUCGGCCCAUGGGUAGCCCCACAGUGGUGGAGGAGAACGGGCUGCAGGAGGCCAGCCUGGCCAAGCGGCUGCGCGGCACGCCAGAGCGCAUCGAGCUGGAGAACUACCGCGUCUCCCUGCAGCAGGAGGUGCUGGAGGAGGUGCCCGAGGAGACGCUGGCCGAGCACAACCUCAGCAGCGUGCUGGACAAGCCAGCCAAUGUGGAGGCGGGGUCCAGCUCAGACUCGGAGGAGGAGGGGGAGGGGCCUUCUCCUUCUGACCUUGGGGGCGUGGCCUGGAAGCAGGCGGUGGACCUGCACACCAAACUGAGGGUCGGGGCUGGAACUGGAGAGGGCGAGGACAACUGCCUGGAGGAGGAGGAAGAUGAGGAUGAAGAAGAUGAGGAAGAGGAAAGAUCCAGUGAUGAGGGGGAGUACUGCCCCUGGGAGAGAGAGCAGCAGUCAGGCCUAUGGCCGAUGGAGCUGUCAGAUGAAGAGGGCUCAGAUUCAGAGCUAUGUGAGGAAGAGGAAGAGGAAGAGGAAGAAGUAGGCAGACUGUGUCGCGCUGAGCUCCAUGAGGCACACUCCACUGUCAGUCCUGUGCAGUUAGUCGGGGAAAAUGUAAAGUUGCAAGGAGCACAGGCCUCUGGGACAUCCCUGCAACCCUUCCUGCUGCAAUCCACUGUCACACAAUUCUUCCCUGAGCCUUACUUGCCGGAUGAAGUCAAACCAAAGAGAACCAAUCAAAACCCAGACCCUGGGACUCCCUGUGCCCCUGUACCCCUGGAGUCUCCCUCCCCCAUCUGCACCCAUCAUACGCCCAAUGCCACCUCCACACCCUGCCCCAGACCCGCCAGGGCUGCCCAGGUAGACACGCCAGUGAAGACCACAGAGGUCAGGAAGAGUCUGGUGCCCAGGCUGCUUCCACAGGGCAGGGGGGAGACCGGCCCCACCCCGCUCCAGAGCAGGGUGUCCAAAAGAGGGGACCUGAACAGCGGCUCGGCCCUUUGCCAAAACAGCCCCACCACAGAUGAAAGCCUCGACCCUGAUUCCGGCCUGCUGACCCCGCCCUCCUCCCCGCCCCCUGCCCCGCCGGACGAGGAGCCCGCCUCCCUCCUCCCAGGGAAGCGCCCGGUCGCCCGGGAGACGGAGCCCGAGGCCACGCCCGUGCCCGAGGCCGCGCCCACAUCUACAGCCACCCAGGAGGAGGCGCCCAGGUCCUUCCUGGAAAGCAUGGACGAGAUCCCCUUCGCGGACGACGAGGAAGAGGAGAGGAGGACUCCGGAGAUACGUUUCCACAGCGAACCGCCAGCCACGCCCCACAGGUCCCGCCCGCCCCGCGCCUUGGAGAGCGGCGAGUCCGGUGAGAGGACGCAGGACGGGGCCAUGGGCGUGGCAGAGGGGCGCAUCCGGGCGUGGGGGAAUUCGGUAAAGAGCCAGGCCCUAAGGGACGCCGUGGAGAAACAGCUCCGCAAGAUGAAGGACGCCGAAGCCCCUGCGCUCAAGCCGGCUAAAGCGGCCCGCAAGCCCCCCUCCGAGGAUUCUGGGAAAAGCAAGGCGGUGAGGGCGACGCGGAAACAGGCGGCGAAAUCGCCGGAGAGGGCGGUCCUCCCUCGGGGGGCCGGGCGGAGCCUGGCGGGGUCGGCAGACUCCUCGAGAAGCUCCGCGGGGAGCGCGAGUGAAAAACACACCGCCCUCUUCUCCCCGCCCAAAUACAAGGAGAAGGCGGUGAAGGCGGAGCUAGGGGAAAGCCCGCCCAAACACAGCUCAGUGUGGAAGGCUGCCUUCUCCAGGAAGGACACGAAGAAGGAGGACCAAUCACAGUACGGCUUGGUCUCCAGGCACGAGACCACCGACUCAGCCAAUGACAGCUCGCUGCUCAGCCAGUCCUCUGAUCUGCUAUUGCACAAGAAACCAGGUAUGUCGGAAGAGUCUGAGCUUUCCUGUGAUGGGUUGGACCGCUCCUCAAAAACAGAUUCUGUAUACGUUCCUCACGCGUUGGCGUUCAGGAAAGUGUACGGCCUUAAGAGAAAUGCUGUGAGAAGGAAAAAGCGUGGCUCAUCUCAGGCGAGUUCACGGGAGUCUUCGUGCCCCACGGAGGUGGUAGGACUGCUGGUGCCCGUCAGCGAAGCCUCUAGUCUCAGUUUUUCUGAAACCAUAUUUCAGAAAGGGUACACAGAGGAACAGCUGAACGCCAGACUGACACGGAGAGUGCAGAAGGCCGCUCGGCAACAGGCCAAACAGGAAGAGCUCAAGAGACUGCACAGAGCCCAGAUAAUCCAGAGGCAGCUGGAGCAGGUGGAGGAGAAGCAGAGAUACCUGGAGGAGAGAGGCGUGGCUGUGGAGAAGGCACUGCGUGGGGAAGCAGACUAUUGGGGAGACUCUAAGUACAGUGAACUCUUCGACUUGCACCUGGGCGGAAUGGGGAAGGAGGAUGAUCCACGGCUAAUGCAGGAGUGGUUCAGUCUGGUUCAGGAGAAGAACUCGCUGUUGCGCUACGAGUCUGAGCUGGUGAUAUUUGCACGUGAGCUGGAGCUGGAGGAUCGGCAGAGCCGUUUACAGCAGGACCUGAGGGAGCGCAUGGCCGUGGAAGACCACAUGAAGUCGGAGCGGGAGCUGGCGGAGGAGAAGCGGAUCCUGGGCGAGAUGCUGGAGGUGGUGGAGCAGCGCGACGCCCUGGUGGCCCUCCUGGAGGAGCAGCGUCUGAGGGAGAAGGAGGAGGACGAGGACCUGGAGGCUGCCAUGCUGUCCAAGGGCUUCAACCUCAACUGGGCCUGAGGCCUGCCUCGCACCGCCCCGCCUCGCACCGCCCCUGCCAGGCCACGCCCACACUCCGCACUUUCCCCUCAGGGUCACCGCUCCCUUCCUCACCCUGUGCUGCAAGGGGGAAUGAAUUCUGCCUUUUUUCUCCAAAUUAAGAGUUUACAUGUCGCCUCCGCUCCGAGCAGGUGCAAUGGAAGAGCUGCUUCCUUCAGGAAAUCUUCAGGAGCUUGUAUUAGCUUUUUUUUUGGUUUUAUUACUAUAGCUUUUAUAUUGUUUUUAUCUUCAUAGUUUGAUGGAACGGGAAUACAGUGAAAGUCCUGCUGAUAUUGAGUAAAUGCAGUGUCUGCUGUCUGUUUUAUAUUAAAGAAAACCAGCAAUGAGUGACUUAUUUUUUAGCGAAUGUGGAGGAGGUACGUGUCUGAAUGCCCAUUUUUUUAUUUUGUCAAAAUUCUACACAGAAGUGAGCAUUCAGUGGCCUGAAUGAAGAGAAAGAGGAAUGUUUCUGGACUAAAUGCUGAAUCAUUAUCUUCAUCACCAUGGCUGUUUAGCUGCACUCCUUCAGGAUUGUGUGUAUGGUAGUCUAACAGUGGAAAAAGUACAACGCUGACUAGAAGCUGUGUGAACAUUAUUUAUUAAUGUGUGAAAAGAAAAUGUGUAUGUAAACAGAAUUGUAAUAUUCAAGGUGCUUAGCGUACCCAAAUUGCACAGAUGUUGGAUGAGUUGGCAAUAAAGCAGUACAGCUGUUAUUUUUAA